AUGGGCGAGCCCCCGGCCGCACGCGCGGAGCACGCACCUCGCCUGGACAACCGACUGGCACGCGGCCGCGCCUCCUCCUCUGCUCUCCAGAGCGGACCCGAGCGGCAGGGCAGGCCUGGGCCCUACGCAGGUGUCCUGGGCUGGGAGGCAGCGCCUCCUCUCUCCCCUGCACCCCGGCCAGGGCCCGGGAUCCUGCCUCGGCUGACCGGGGUCCAGCCCCGCACACCAAGGCCCUCCCUUCGCCCAGACCCACCGCGGGGGCGGCUUUCCGAGGGCGGCCCGGGGGCUGGGGUCCAAGGGGCCUCCGGCCGUCCUCCCGCAGGGCUCUCCCGGGGAGCCCCGGGCCCGCUGCCUCCCACCAGAACCCUCACGGCCCGGCGAGGUCCGGGCCAAGGCGGCUGGCGUCGCACGAGGCGACCAAGUCCGGGGAGUCGUCGUGGUCGCGCCACCCUGCGGCCUCCACCGCCGCCCCCACCGCCGGACUCAUUCCCCUCUGGGUCCCGGCUCCCUCGCUCCUCCCUCUGGGCCUCACCUCGAAGCCCACGAGGCUCUGCGCCCUUCCCGCGCCUGACGGGAUUCGAGGCGCGGCCGGAAGACACCGACGCCGACGCCGACGCCGACGCCGACGCCGACGCCGAGGCCCCCUCGCCCCGCCCCGCCCCGCCCCGCCAGUCUCUUGAGACCUGGACGCGGAAGUCCAGACACCCCGCGGGGCCUCAUUCCCACUAG